UGCCUUUUUAGUUUCUAGGCAUUGUUGUAGUAUAGGUUCAUCUUACAAGAAUAUCCUUGGUAAGGGGACACUGUUCCACAAUUGGUAUUUUCGGUUCCUUAAUUCCACCAAUGUAACCAAGUCAAUCCCCAAAGAUGAUGCUUCAUCCUGCACGGCCAAGCUGAAAAUUUUAAGUUGAGAAGAGCAGUGAUGCAUUGUGCCUUUUAGCUUUAUUUUGGAGCAACAAAAGGAGACUGGCAACUUUGUUCUGCACUAGGUAAAACACAUAUGGAGUAUUAGCAUCUCUUCUCUUUACUCAAGUUUUAGAUGCAUUUCCUGCUACUAAAAGUUUACUUUGGCUUUAAAGGCUUUCAAAAACGUAUCAGCAGUUGGGGAGAUAUUUUGGUAUUUCGUGUUUAUUGUAGAGUCUUUCCCUUGUAAUAUAUUAUGAUAUAGAAUAUAUAAUCCCUGGUAAGGGGAGUUUGGUAUGUACAACGAUUGGUAAAUCGACCACAUACAUCAGUUUUUCCUGUGACUUUAGCACUGGUGGUGAUGCAUCUUGCCUGAGGGAGCUGUAUAAUUUAAGGUGAGCACAGUUUAUGGGGCAUUGUGCCUGCCAUGCCAUUUAGGAUUUUAUUAAUGCUUGCCUUGUUUGAAGGAAAAAUCUCUCAGCAAGUAAAAGGGCAUCUCAAUCUGAUACCCUUUCUUUGAUGAAAAUUUAAUAUCUCCCUUUGGUUGUGACUCAUAUCUUAUCUGUUGAGUAACAGGUUCGACUGGUUAAAGAUAAAGAGACAAAUAAACCUAGAGGUUAUGCAUUCAUUGAGUAUAUGCAUACAAGUGAUAUGAAAGGUUUGUUCAUCUUUGGAUACUGUCGUUAUUGUGGUGUGUUUGAUUGAUUGUUCAUGUAUGUAAUUCAGCUACAUAUAAAAUGGGAAGAAGCUUGAAAACCGAAGAGUGCUUGUCGAUGUUGAAAGUGGUAGAACUGUUCCAAAAUGGCAGCCUUGUAUACUUGCCAGUGGACCUAGGGUUGGAGAGGAAGACCUCAAUCAAAAGCAUUCUGGGAGAUACCAUUUCUAGUUCCAAUCAUUUGAUGUUCAGAGAGAUACAACAAUCUGGAGGACCAUCACGGCUAGAGGAGCCGGGGGUACACGAUGAGCAGCAGGGAUACCGGGAGUGGGAAAAAUCUCGUGGAAGGGGAAGAGAGAAGUCUCGUGAGCAUUCUCAUGACAAACCAAGGGAUCGUUAUCAUAGGUGCAAGAAAAAGCUUACAGGUUGGUUAACGGGCCAGGUGCCGGUGGUGCGAGCUUAUCUGAGUUGCUGCGAGAGUGGGUGUUGUUUAUUUAUUUUAGAGAUAGUUGUAAAUUGUAAAGUUUUUUUUUUUGGAACAAAAGACAGAUGGUGGUCUUUUUAAUAUCGUGGUGCUUGAGGAUCCGGGUUGUUACAAAUUCACACCCUUUGGCUCUACAAGGUCUUCAAGGCUUGGUGGAUCUUCCACAAUCUCAUACUUUGAAUAUGAAUCCAAUGCACUUCUAUGGCUUUCUU